UUAAAGAGAGAGAGAGACACAACACAGAGAAGAGUUCCUGAAUCUCUGUUCUUGUCCGAGAGGAGUGAGGAAGACUCAAAAGAUCGUUGUGGUCUUGUUCCUACUUACACCUCUUUUAAAAAUCUUUGGUUAUGGUGGAUUCUCUAUUCCCGACCAUCGACACCACAGAUGACGUGGCGUCUCCGGAGUCAAGACGCAAGAGGCGGAGGAUAUCAGAAACGUCCAAAGAGGCGGCAGAGUCAUCAUCAGAGGCCCAACGGAUCAACGAAGAAAGCUCAAAGCGAUGGAGAACCAAUCGCGUCCAACAGAUCUACGCUUCCAAGCUCAUCGAAGCUCUACGCCGAGUUCGUCAGAGAUCCAACGACGCCGGAAAAAUCACCUCCGUCGCGAGAGAGAUACGCGACACGGCGGACCGAGUUCUCGCGGCGUCGGCUCGCGGCACGAGUAGAUGGAGCAGGUCGAUCUUAGCGGCUCGCGUCAGAGCGUGUCUGAAGAAACAUAAGAAGGCGAAGUCAAAGGGAACUCGCAAGCCGAGAAAAGACACGGCGGCGGAGAGGAGACGGGUUGAAAAACUGCCGGCGGUUGAGAGGAAACUGAAGAUUCUCGGGAGGUUAGUUCCCGGUUGUCGGAAAGUCGACGUGCCGAACCUUUUGGAUGAAGCGAGUGAUUACAUCGCGGCUCUGGAGAUGCAGGUUCGAGCCAUGGAGUCACUAGCAGAGCUUCUAGCAGCCGCUGCGCCACCGUCGACGACGUUGACCCGACCGUAACAGCGGCAGUUAGUUUGUCAGUUGGUAAACUAGUUAUUUUUUUUACCUUUUUAUCCCCUUUGUUUGGCUCAAGUUUUUUUUUAUUUGUUUCUGUUUUAUGAUUUCAUGUAUUUUAUUUCUGUACAUUGUACAUUACUUUGUUUAGUUGUGUCCAUUUUGAUAUUCUUAAUUUUUC